AUGGCGCCGUCGAGACUCUACAACUUUUCAUCGUCGGGCACGUCACCGACAUCAAGCUCCUCCUUUACGGUUCCUUCCGUGGCCAACUCCGAGACUGACUCGGCUGCUGACAUGAACCACCCGACAAUGAACGGUCAUGGCCGUCAAUAUGACGGCUUCUCGGAGCCCGACACGACUCCUCGCGCCCCCAUGCCCAUAGCCAUCGUGGGAAUGGCCUGUCGCAUGCCCGGCAGCGUUGCGACUCCCGCAGAGUUUUGGGAGCUGUGCUCGCGUGCACGAAGUGGCUACACCAAAGUUCCCAAGGAACGUUUCAACCAUGACCUCUUCUAUCAUCCUAACCCGGGAAAGACUGGAGCAUACCACGCCCAGGGAGGUAACUUUUUGGACGUCGAUCUGGCAGCUUUCGAUGCUCCUUUCUUUGGUCUUACCGAGAAGGAGGCCAUAUCAAUGGACCCUCAACAAAGACUCUUGCUUGAAUGUACCUUUGAGGCGCUGGAAAACGCCGGUGUACCAAAGCACUCUAUAGUCGGAAAGGAUGUUGGUGUGUUUGUUGGUGGUAGCUUUGCAGAGUACGAAAGCCAUUUGUUUCGUGAUAGCGACACGAUUCCGAUGCAUCAGGCCACAGGCUGCGCACAUGCUAUGCAGUCCAACAGGCUAUCCCACUUUUUCGAUCUUCGAGGUCCCAGCUUCACAGCCGAUACAGCAUGCUCUGCUAGUCUGGUGGCUCUACAUCUCGCCUGCCAGAGCUUACGAUCUGGUGAAUCCUCAUCCGCCAUCGUCGGUAGCUGUCACUUGAACAUGCUGCCCGAGUUCUUUGUUUCAUUCUCUACAUGUCGGUUGCUUUCGGACACUGGUCGUUCGAUCGCUUUUGACGAGCGUGGAACGGGUUUCGGUCGUGGUGAAGGAUGUGGUAUCAUUAUUUUGAAGCCCCUUGACCAGGCUGUCCGGGAUAACGAUUCCAUCCGGGCCGUUAUUAUGGGCACUGGCAUCAACCAAGACGGAAAGACGCCUGGUAUUACCAUGCCAAGCGGCGAGGCUCAAGAGAAACUCAUUAACCAGGUUUACAACAAUUUUGGCCUGGAUCCUAUGGACUGUGGCUACGUCGAGGCCCACGGUACUGGUACCAAGGUCGGCGAUCCGAUCGAGGCCACAGCUCUACACAACGCUCUUGGACAAGGCAGGACGGCAGCUGAUCCUCUAUUUAUCGGCUCGGUCAAAUCAAAUAUCGGUCAUUUGGAGGCAGCAUCAGGAUUGGCGGGUGUCAUCAAGGCUGCUCUUAUGCUUGAGCGUGGUUUCAUUCUUCCCAAUCACGACUUCAAAAAGCCAAACCCCAAGAUUCCCUGGAAGCAAUGGCACAUGACGGUAGCGAGGAGCCAACGACCCUGGCCCCGUGGCAAGAAAUACAUUUCGGUCAACAACUUUGGCUUUGGAGGCACCAACGCCCACGUCGUUCUGGCCAAGGCCCCCUUUACCGCUGAUACAACUGUCGCGGCACAGCUUCAACAGAAUGAAUCGCGCAAACCCAAGCAGAGCAAGAAGCUUAUUGUUCUUACAGCCAACGACAAAGAUUCACUCGCCGGCGUCAUGAAGAAGCUGGUCAUCUACCUGGAACAACGACCAGAAGUUUUCCAGGCCGAUUUGAUGAAAAACGUCGCCUACACUCUCGGCCAAAGACGCUCGCAUCUGCAAUGGAGGCUUGCCGUUCCUGUGGCUACCUCGUUCGAGCUGGUUGAUACGCUAAACUCGGGCAAAGUGGCACCGGCCAAGACCCAGCCCGAGGCCCCAAGGAUAGGAUUUGUGUUUACCGGUCAGGGCGCUCAGUGGCACGGUAUGGGCCGUGAGCUGUAUGACUCGUAUCCCGUCUAUGCGGCCGCAAUGGACCGUGCCGAUGCCAAACUCAAGGAGCUCGGUGCUACAUGGUCUUUGCUAGAGGAGCUGAGCAAAGAUGGCAAGACUUCCAAGGUUUCCGAGGCACAUAUCAGUCAGCCUGCCUGCACAGCCGUCCAGUUGGCCAUCACGGACCUUCUCAAAUCGUGGGGUGUGACACCGGUCGCCGUUGCUGGUCACUCGUCCGGUGAGAUCUGCGCCGCCUAUGCUGCCGGCAUCAUCAACUUUGACUCGGCCGUGGCAAUUGCUUACCACAGAGGUCGGCUGAUCCCUGUCCUCAAGUCUCGCCACCCCGAUCUUGCCGGAGGUAUGAUGGCCGUCGGAGGUUCCGAGUCUGACAUGCAGCCCAUGAUUGAUGCCGUCAAGCGCAAGCAGCAAGAGGUCCGCAUCGCCUGCUUCAACAGUCCUUCCAGUCUGACCAUUUCUGGUGAUGCUUCCGUCUUGAACGACCUCGAGCGCGUCAUCGAGGAGGAACAGCCUGAGAUGUUCCGCCGUAAGCUACAGGUUGACGUUGCCUACCACUCGCACCACAUGAACCUUGUGGCCGAUGAGUACCGUGAUUCAAUUGAGCAUCUUUCCAAGCCGAGAAACACCGAGGUUCAAUUCCACUCGUCUCUGUUUGGCAAGCGCGUCGAGGGCUACAAGUGUACCGCCUCUUACUGGGUUGAGAAUCUUACCUGCCCCGUUCGCUUCUCCGAGGCUCUCACCGGUAUGCUGGAGGCCAAGCCCGAGGAUGGCGGUGUCAGCACCCUCAUCGAGAUUGGCCCUCACUCUGCACUUCAAGGUCCCAUCAAGCAGAUUCUUGCUGCUGCCGGUCGUCCUAAGCUCCCAUACGCUUCGGCUUUGGUCCGCAACAAGGAUGCCGUCGAUACGGCUCUUGACUUGGCCGGUAACCUCUUUAUGAAGGGCGCUUUCAUUAAAAUGGAUGCUGUCAACUUCCCCAGCCAUGUCCAAACCCCGGCGACUUCGAACGUCCUUCUGAAUCUCCACAAUUCGGCCACCAAGCAGCCCACGCUUCUUACUGAUCUCCCGCGCUACGUGUGGAACCACUCAUCCAAAUACUGGCACGAGUCGCGCAUGACCGAGAUGCACAAGCACCGCAAGUUCCCUCGCAACGACCUUAUUGGUGUUGAGGCCAUCUACUCCACCGAUGUCGAGCCUACAUGGCGCAACAUUGUGGCUCUCGAUGACCUGCCAUGGUUGAGGCACCACCGCAUUCAGUCUCUGACCAUCUUCCCCUUCUCCGGCUUUGUAGCCAUGGCCCUUGAGGCUGCAGCCCAGCAGGCUCUCAGGAGGGAGGCCAAGUAUGACAGAUUCGAACUCCGCCGCGUUGUUGUCUCGAAACCCUUGGCUAUGGGAGAUGGUGACGUCGAGAUGGACAUUAGCUUGAGGCCUCACGCAGAUGCCCAAAAGCACCAAGCCGGUUGGAGGCAGUUCCGCAUUGCCAGCUGGACCAAGAACGGUGGCUGGGCAGAGCACUGUACUGGAGAGGUUGCCACCCUUUCUGAUGAUGACAAUGAGGUUGACGGUGAACGUCAGAAGCAGGCUAUUCGCCGCAGGGUUGAAGCCGCUUCGGCUCUGGGUGAUGAUGCUGUCGAUGUUGCCGAAGUCGACAUGUACAGCUGUCUUGAGGAGAUGGGCGUGACUUUCGGUGCUGCUUUCCAGGGUGUCAAGGCAUGCAAGGCUUCCAACACAAAGGCAUCUGCUGAUAUCGUUGCCACCGACAUUGCUGUCGACAUGCCCAACCACUACAUGACCGAGUCUGUGCUUCACCCCAGUGUCCUAGAGUCUCUGGUCCAGAUGUACUGGCCCAUUCUUGGCGCUGGUCGCUCUUCUCCCGACACUGUCUACCUGCCAUCCUCGGUCGGAAAGGUCUCCAUCUCACGCGAGGUUACGGCCCACACCAACGCUCCUGGCAAGACGAUUCGUGCUUUUGGCAAGGCAGAGUUUGCUCAGCCUUCCGAGGAGCCCCGUCCCACUAGCGUCUCCGUUAUGGCCACUACUCAAGACGGCCAGCUACUUGUCGAGAUUGAGGACCUCAAGGUUGCGCCCAUCAUCGACGGUGAGAGUGAAACCGACUCUAGCACCCCUCGCGAGCUUUGCUACAAGCUCGAAUGGGAGCAGGUACUGAAGCCUGCCCUUGUCAAUGGCACCCCCGCGGAAUCUUCCAACACACUCCCUGAGGCCGAGAUUGUAAUUGUCCAUGGCGACACUGCCUUCCAGCACACACUGGCCCGAGCCCUUGCCGACAUGAUCGAAAAGGCAACUUCCACCUCACCCGUGGCCAUGGGCACACUUGGCCACAUUGAGACCGAGGGCAAGGUCUGCAUUGUCUUGACUGAGAUUGACAUGCCUUUCCUUGCCGACCCGACUGAGCAGCAGUUCGAGGCCGUACAAAAGCUCAUUGGAUCGGUCCAGGGCCUGCUGUGGGUUGUACGUGGAGCCUACGAUAAGGCAACUUCUCCCGACUCCAACAUGGUCUGCGGUCUUUCUCGCUCAGUCAGGUCGGAGACUCUGCUACCGUUCGCCACACUGGACCUGGAUGCUUCCGAGACCACCUCUCAUUCUGCCAAGUCCAUUCUGGAUGUUUUCAAGAUUGCCUUUAACGGUGGUCUGAACGCAACCAAGGAGAUGGAGUUUAUGGAGCGUGGAGGCAAGUUGUUCACUCCCAGGAUUUUGGACGAUGCAGAGACGAACGCCUACGUUCACAAACGCACCAACCCCGACAUUCUUGAGCAGCAGCCGUUUGCUCAGGAAGGUCGCCAGCUGAGAAUUGUGGGUGGCAAGACGUUGCACUUUGUCGAUGACGCCCUGGUUGAUACUCUCGGCGCCGACGAGGUCGAAAUUGAGGUCAAGGCUGUGGGUGUGAACGCCGGCGAUGCUCAGCAACUGGUCAAGAGCACUGCCGACUCGCCUUCAGCUGUCGGAUCUGAGGCAGCUGGUAUCGUCACCCGAGUUGGCUCGAGUGUCACUUCAGUCAAGAAGGGUGACCGCAUUGCUGCUCUGACCCUCUCCAACGGUGCUUACUCGACCGUCACAAGAGCAUCGGCUGCCAACAUCAUCCCGAUCCCUCAAGCUAUGGACUUUGCCCAGGCUGCCACCUUGCCCCUAGCCUAUGUGACUGCCUACCACGCUCUCAUUGAACAGGGUAGACUUUCAUCGGGUCAGCGCGUCCUCAUUCACUCUGCUGCCAGUGCUGUUGGUCAAGCCGCCGUCUGCCUCGCCCAGCUCUACGAUGCCGAUGUGUUUGUCACCGUGUCUUCGGCUGCUGAGAAGAAGUUGAUCAUGACCAAGUUCUCCAUGCCUGAGGAUCACAUCUUUUACAACCGUGGUGUGAGCUUUGGGUCAGCAAUCAGAGAAGCAACGGCUGGUCAAGGUGUGGAUGUGAUUGUUUCCCUGCGAUCGGACGCUGAGGUUGUCCGUGAGAGCUGGGAUUGCCUGGAUGGAUUCGGCUGUCUUGUCAAUGUCUCUGAGGGUGUUUCUCGCCUUGAUAUCAGCACUGAUGGUCGUCCCACCAACGCAUCGUUUGUCAAUGUUGACAUCCAGUGCCUGGCUGCUGAGCGUCCUGCCAUUCUCAAGAGGCUGGUUGACAAUGUUGCCAAGCUGGUUGGUCAGGGUCAGGCUACUCCAGUAGAAGCUACCAUCUUUGCAGUAUCUGAGGUUCAAGAUGCUCUAAAGGGCGCCGGCAAGGAAUCAUCUGGAAAGUCGGUGGUCGUCCUGGGCGCCGACGACAAGGUCAUGGCCACGCCCUCCAAGGUCACCAAGAAGAUUCUUCGAACAGACGGCACCUACCUGCUCAUCGGUGGAACUGGUGGUCUCGGCCGCAGCAUGGCCAAGUGGAUGGUCGACAAUGGUGCCGGCAACGUCGUUCUGCUCUCCCGUAGCGGUUCCGCCACUGGUCAGGUCAAGCAGCUUAUCGACGCCGCAAGUGAGGCUGGGUCUCGGGUGAUUGUCAAGCGCUGCGACGUUGCCAACAAGGCUAGUGUGGAUGAGCUGUUCAAGGGACUGAGUGAUCUACCUCCAGUUCGCGGUAUCGUUCACGGAGCCAUGGUGCUGAGGGAUGUUCUAUUCGAGAAAAUGUCCUACACUGAUUACACCACCGUCAUCGAGUCCAAGGUCGCAGGUGCCUGGAACUUCCACCACGCACUUGCUGCCAACUCAUCCCCUCUCGACUUCUUCAUUGCCAUUUCGUCAGCGGCCGGUGCCGUCGGCAACAGAGGUCAGGCCGCAUAUGCUGCCGCCAACACAUUCCUCAACGCCUUGGUGCAGCACCGUCUUGCCGCCGGUCUGCCCGCCGCAUCUCUGGAUCUGACUGCCGUCUCGGAUGCUGGAUACCUCGCCGAUGGUGACGCAGAGCGUGCCGCAGAAGUAGCCAAGAACCUUGGUGCUGACAGUACAAUCUGUGAGGCCGAGGUCUUGGCUCUGAUCGGGGCCUGCAUUGAAGGCAAGACGGAUGUCUGCAACGGCCACGUCAUCACGGGCAUGCGCAUCCCGCCCGCGCCCACCAAGCCGUUCUGGACCACGGAUGCCAAGUUCAAGACUCUACGAUUGACUGCCGAGGCCGCUGAGCUUGCGGCAAAUGGAGGUGACUCUGCCACGGCGUCGCUAUCGCCAGGAGCAGCAGUCAAGGCGGCGACAUCGCUCGCCGAGGCGGAAGAGGCGGUCUGCGCAGGCCUGGUCGACAAGAUCUCGUCUGUGCUCAUGAUGGAGGCGGACGAGAUCGACGUGACCAGGAGCUUGACGCAUUACCCACUCGACUCUCUGGUCGCCAUUGAGAUCCGCAACUUUAUCACUCGCGAGUUCGAGGCCAACAUGCAAGUGUUGGAGUUGCUCAGCAGUGGAAGCGUGCAGACUUUGACCAAGGCUGUUUGCAAGAAGAGCAAGCUAUGCGUUGGAUUGAGCUAGACCGUUUUUUUUUUUUUUUUCUUUUUUUCUAAUUCUUCUUUUUGAGCCUGUCAUAACCUUUUCCUUUGUAUUGAGCCUGUCGAACCGUACUUGGCGAGAUUUGGUUUUGUAUUAAUUCACAGCAUAGAUGCUGAGCUGGC